UCCGUCAAGGCCGGGCUGGUCGGGGACACCCCCCCUCCCCCGCUCCCGCCGAGCGCCCUGCGCCCCCCGGGAUCUCCCGGCGGGCCGGGGUCAGGGGUCGGCACCGGGGUCAGCACCGGGGCCAGCGCCGCGCCGCCAGGCCCGCGUUCCCCCGCCGCGGCCAGCGGGGGGCGGCCGCGCUCUGCGCCGGCCCGGCCGUUCCCGGCAUGCCUGGCGGCGGCGCGGGGCGCGGCGGGCGCUGUAGUCACGGCGCGGGCGGCGGCGGCCCCGCCCCGAACCCGGAAGUGAGCGGGGAGGCGGAGGAGGUUCUAAGAUGGCGUCGCCUCCUCAGGGGGGGCCCGAUGGCGUCGCCAUGCGGCUGCGGAACCAGCUCCAGGCCGUCUACAAGAUGGACCCGCUCCGGAACGAGGAGGAGGUGAAGGUGAAGAUGAAGGAGCUGAACGAGCACAUCGUGUGCUGCCUGUGCGCCGGGUACUUCAUCGACGCCACCACCAUCACCGAGUGCCUGCACACGUUCUGCAAGAGCUGCAUCGUCAAGUACCUGCAGACCAGCAAGUACUGCCCCAUGUGCAACACCAAGAUCCACGAGACGCAGCCGCUGCUCAACCUCAAGCUGGACCGCGUCAUGCAAGACAUCGUCUACAAGCUGGUGCCUGGCCUGCAGGAGAGUGAAGAGAAGAGGAUCCGGGAGUUCUACCAGUCCCGUGGCCUCGACCGGGUGACGCAGCCCAGCAAUGAGGACACGGUUGGGGGCGACCCCAUGGGGCUCCCCUACAGCACCUUCGAUCACUCCCGUGCCCACUACUUCCGCUACGACGAGCACGUUUCGCUCUGCCUGGAGAAGCAGAGCUCCAGCAAGGACAAGAGCAAGGCCGUGCUACAGAAGUACGUGAGAUGCUCGGUGCGGGCGCAGAUCCGGCACCUGCGGAACGUCCUGUGCCACCGCCUGGGGCUGCCACCGCAGCAUGUGCAGAUCCUGUUCAACAACGAGGCCCUCCCCGACCACAUGACGAUGAAGCAGCUCUGGCUCUCGCACUGGUUCGGCAAGCCCGCGCCCCUCCUGCUGCACUACAGCAUCAAGGACAAGAGGAGGUAGGGGCUGGGGGUGGGUGCUGCCCCCCAGGAGCGCAGCCCUGCUCCCACACCCCCCGCCCCGCUCCCCAUAACUUAAUAUCCUUCGUGCUUGAGUUUAUUUUUUGAAUAAAACUGGAAAAUGUC